UACCUGCGCGUAUGCUGUCGCUAACGAGGCAAGCCAGAUUCCUAACUCGACUCGUCAGCAGAAACAUGGCUAGCAAGCGGAUGCACCACGAAGACAACAAGUUGGACACCUUCCGGCAGAUCUGUGAUGAAAUAGCCGGCGAGCCGAGUUAUCUGAAAAAGGUGGAGAAACUGCAACGAUUUUUCGCUAAGGGCAGCAGUGGCCAGGGCUUCGGGGGCGACACCCUGCUCUGGGUGCAGUUCCUCAUCCCGGCGGCCAACCAGCGGGUCUACAAUCUGCAGAACAAGGCGCUGAUCAAACUCUUCUCGCGCAUUUUCAAUGCCAACCAGCAGCAAAUGCAUCUGGAUUUGGAACAGGAUGGAGAUGUUUCUGAAACACUGCGCAAGCACUUCGCAGCCUCCAGGAAACUAAAGCCCCAAGCGCAAAGCAAACUCUAUCUGCAGGAGGUAGAGGAGCUGCUCAAGAAGCUGGAGGAGCGCACCAAGGAGGAUGAGCAGACCGAUCUGCUGCAGGAACUGUGCAGGAAAGCCACCGACCUGGAUCUGCGCACCUUCAUCCGCCUGAUUAAGCACGAUUUGCGGAUCAAUGCACGUGCCAGACACAUUCUGGAUGCCUUUGGGCCUGAGGCCUACCCCGCAUAUCAGUCUUCCCGGGAUUUGGAGGCAAUUGUGCAACAGUUCGCUGGCAAGGAAAAUAAAAAGGCUGCUAACAGCCCGAUUAAGAAGGCCAAGAAAGCGAACCCUAGUGGAAUUCAGGUGAUGACGCCUAUAUCACCCAUGUUGGCCAGUGCCUGCAAGUCGGUGGAGGAAGCCUUCAAGAAGAGCCCCGCCGGAUUGUACAGUGAAAUCAAGUACGACGGAGAGAGGGUUCAAAUCCACAAGCAGGGCGAGGACUUUAAAUUCUUUAGCCGCAAUCUAAAACCCGUAGUGGAUCACAAAAUAAGAGCUCUAAAGGAGCACAUACCGCGUGCCUUUCCGGGAGCCGGGGAAAUGAUUCUGGACUCUGAGAUCAUUCUGGUCGACACUGAUACGGGAGCACUGCUGCCCUUUGGCUCGUUGGGCGCCCACAAGAAACAGACAUUUGCCAAUGCUGCCGUGUGCCUAUUCGUUUUUGACUGCAUACUGUACGAUGGCGAGGAUUUGACCCAGCUGCCAUUCCGCAAGCGACGGGAGAUCCUCGAACAGAAUAUUAAACCAAUCAAGUCCCACGUACAGCUUUCGGAAUCGGAAUUCCUUAAGACUAAGAGGGAACUGGCAAUUAUGACGGCCAAGGUAUUGCACGCCAAUCUGGAGGGAGUGGUGCUGAAGAGUCCCACCAGCACCUAUCAGCCUGGCAAACGAAACUGGUUAAAGGUCAAGAAGGAUUACCUUUUUGAUGGCAAGAUGGCUGAUACGGCGGACUUGGUUGUCCUGGGGGCCUGGUAUGGAUCAGGGAAGAAAGGUGGUGUACUGAGCAUUUUUCUCAUGGGUUGCUACGACACAUUUGGUCGUUUGUGGAAGACUGUGACGAAAGUUCACUCUGGCCUGGACGAUGCCACCAACGCGGAGGUACACGAAUCCCUUAUCAAGCUAACCGAACGUGCCGAUGCCAACGCCACGCCCGAUUGGCUGCUGUGCAGCAAGUCCUUGGUGCCAGAUGUCCUGGCCAAGGAUCCCCUCAAAAUGCCAGUAUGGGAGAUUACGGGCGCAGAGUUCACCAAGUCCGAAGCGCAUACGGCGUCCGGCAUCUCGAUUCGGUUCCCCAGGAUAACCCGUCGGCGCAGCGAUAAAUCGGCAAAGGAGGCAAAUGAUCUGGCCCAUUUGGAAAAUCUUUAUGAUGCCUCUAAGAAGAAUGUGAACGUGGAUCUUCUAUUGGCCAACUGCGGAAAGGACGACGAUGCGCUGAAUCUCGAAAAGACGCCACAAAAGGGGAAGAAAAUACAAGGCAAUCAAACUAGUAGCACUAAAAAUCUUAAAAGAUCCAUAACUGGUUCGGAUGAUGAGGAAACAGUUGCAACGGUAAGCAAACGCAAGGAGCCGAAAGUGGAGCGGAGCUUGUCGCCCUCGCAAAAGGGAAUGAAGGACUUUUUUAAGCCCACUAAGGAGGUCCAAUCACAAGUUAAGACGGAACCAAAGGAAGAGCAAAUAACGCCUAAUAAAGAGGUCAAAUAUAGUGUUAAAAAGGAACCAAAGGAAGAGAAAAUAAUGCCCAGUAGGUAUGACCAAUCUAUAGUUAAAAAGGAACCAAAGGAAGAGAAAAAAACACCUGAUGCCAAAAGCAAGUUAUUCGCUGGUUUGGUGGCCCACUUUGCAAUGGAAAAGGGUUCAAGCAAGCUGAAGGAACAAUUUUCACAGCAUGGCGGAUCUUGUACAACAGAACCACGGAAAGCGAAUCUGGUAUUUUACAAUACAAACGAGGCAAUGAACCUGGAAAAGCUUAGACCGCUCUAUCGACGCAGCUGCCGGCACUUGAAUGUUAGCUGGCUCCAAACCUCUCUCGAGACCCAGAGUCGUCAGCCUUACCCACUAUAUGCUGUGAUGUUAGAACGCUGAGUGCCUUGUGAAAUCGUUGAUACUUAUAAAUACAUGCUUGCUUAAACCGAAUAUAUGUAUAUUAUAGA